GCGAAUUAUUACAACAAAAAAGGUACACAAUACAAAAGUACAAAAGGAAGUGGUUAAGUGGUUAUUUAAAUUGCUUUGAAACUCAAGUAGAUUCUAAUUCAGAGAAAAAUUAUGAGAAAUUUAAUGCACCAUCAACCUGUUAAAUCCGUUAUAAAAAAUUGGUAAUAAAAUGGAGUUGUAGUCGAAAGUGGAUUGUAAUAUAAUCAACCCUGUUUAUGUCAUGGGAUUUUGUAGGAAAAGACACUUGUUUCUUUCAUUAUGUAUUCUUCAAAUGAUAACGGUUGUAGAAAGGCAAGUGUUCGAUUUUUUGGGUUUUCUGUGGAUACCAAUACUGGUGAACUUCUUUGAACUUAUUUUUAUAAUUUUUGGAUUUUUUGGAGCCUAUCAGUAUAGACCCAAGUAUAUUGUUGCUUAUCUUUCGUGGCACUUGUUUUGGAUUGCAUGGAAUAGUUUCCUAAUAUGCUUGUAUCUUGAUGUUGCAGGACUUGAUCAUCAAACCAACAAAGUGCUUAAAUUAGACCAGACAAGCGACAGCUGGUGGAAAAAAAAUGGAAUGGGGUGUAAGGUUGCUGAUGUUGAGGAUCUCAAAUACGAAGGAUGUUUAGUUGAUUAUAGAUAUAUGGAAAUAUUUCAUUCUGGACUACAAGUAGUUAUAACGAUUCUAAGCGGUAUUGUCAGUAUUUGUCUCAGCAGGACAUUUAUGGAAGAGGAUGACACCUCAUCGCAUAAAUCAACAAGGAAACAUUCAAAGCAGCGCAUGUCAUUAUACUCAAUAGAAUUCAGCUCCCAAUUGGAUAAUCGACCUGGUGAGAGUGACAACGAAUUUGAUCAUAUGCCAUCCUCACCCAAACCAAUGACACCUCGCCGUGUAAAAAGAAGAAGUGUUAUGCAAAGAGGUUCAUCAGGAAGGCAUAGCACUAGCAGUAGAAGACAAACUCAUUCUAGAUCAUCUACAAGGAGUUCUAGAAGAAUGCAAAAUCCUGUAACAAAACUCUUAGAGCAACAGCAAAAGUGCCAGGCCUAUGAAAGCACUACUAGCCAAUCGCCAAUCGAAUCUCCUUUGCCAAAUUAUUAUGUUAAUUCUACAAGUUCAAUUAAUAAUACUGCCAACUGGCAAGGUCCAAUGGGUCAUACUAACCCUUCCUAUCAACAAUCUACUACCUCCCUAAAUGAAGAUUUUGAUGAACUCUACAAUAAUAGACCCCCUUCAGUUAGAUCUAGCUACUCCAACUUUCACGGUGCCAGAGCCAAUUAUUCUCCGCCGAAACAGUAUCAUCACAGUCUCGCAACCCCACAAGUUCCCCAGAAGAGGGGAAACCCUGCAAGGAAUAGUAUGAGAAAUAUGACGUUUUUACAUAAUGGGCCUCCUGCAUAUACUAUACAAGGAGCUAUGAUGGGUGACAAUGAAACUCCGAUGUAAAUACAUAGGUCAUCUCAUUUUGAAUAAUACUUUGUUUUACAAGUUUCAUAAAGCUAUGGCUCACAUUCCAAUUUCUUGAAAUAUGUAAAUUAGGUCUGUUGUCACAGCAGUUUCUGACAGUUUGCAACCUGUUAGAAAGCAUCAUCCAUACAUGUAUAUGUACCUACGUGCAAUUGGAAAGCAACAUUUUAACAUUUUUUUGCGGACAUUGUUUUGUGUUUAUAUGAGUAGAGUGAAGAUUAAAGGCAAAUGCAAUAAUGAGGAAAAAUUGCAAUAUUAUGAAAAGUUGAAGUUUGAAGCGAAUUUUUUAACAAAAAUACCAUUAUAAACUGGUAGAUUACUUUUUAAAUUGUUGACAUAUCGGGUUUUCAACAAAACCUUAUAUGUAUUUUGGGAUUAUUUGAUCUUGAAUAUUCACACUGGACUAUCUAAAAUAUAAAUAGAUAAAAACGCAUUCCAAAGGACUCAUAAUAACUCUUCCUGUUGUCCAUAUCCAGUUAAUUAUUGGGAUACCCUAAUAUCGUGAUUGAAGACAAAACAUGACAAUGCUGAAUCGGGUAAAAAAUGCUCACCCUAUUAAAAAUAGAUGAAAAUGAAUAUCAAUGAUUUAAGUUAAACUGUAGAAUGCAAAACAAUCUGCCACCGAGUCCAACCACUCAGGCUUUUAUACAGAAAGACGUAAGCGGCAAACUAGUAAGAAUAAGUAAGAUUCUGUCAAUUUGUUGAAAUGCCAAAACGUCAAAAUGUAUUUUCACUUUGAGUAGGUAGUGAAAGUUUCUGAGUGUUGGGGGUUCAAAUACUAAUAAUUUAGCUAAAAAAAAGUUUAAGAAACCAGAGGUAAAAUUUAAUACAUAGGGAUAUGGGCAUUUGUAAAAUCUUUGAAUGUAUCACCAUGUGACAACAUGCUGAAUUUUUUCCUAUUUUGAGAAGGUAAGCCUAGUUCUCAUAGUUCGGAAUUAUGCAUUCCAUUGGUAGGUGAACGUCAACUUUAUCAAAUAAUUUAGCAGCUAAAUAAAGAUAUGUAAUGAGGAAUGUUUGGACAAAGACAAAUAUUGGAAACCCGCACAAAAGCUAAAAAUGGUUCAAAUUUGCAUUUUACCACCAACGAAUUAAAAAAAAAAACCGCAUCUUCAUCUUGACAACGAGGCUUUGAAACUCCUAACAAACUGUAUGUAAAACAAAGUUGUGGUAGUAUCAAAAUCGUCUUGCCAAUGUUUAAUAUUUAAAACGCACAUGAUGUCAACCAAAAAUUGUGUUCCUAUAGAACCUGUUGAAUUUCGAUUAUCUCUGCGUCGGCGGCCUUUUAAAGUAGUGCGAAUGGUCAGUCUCGCCAGACCUUCAGAUGAUCUACUAAGUAUAGGCACAGAAUGUAUAGGCGCUCAGCCAAGACAUCUGCGGGUGAGCGAACACAUCACGUGGAACAGAGCUUAGAGUGAUCAUUCUCAUCCUAUUUAUGUUUGGUGUUACUUUGAUGUAACAUGGAAGGAAUGUGUGGAUGAGAUGUUUGAAUUAAAGAUGUUUUAUUACAAUUUCUGGCUUGUCAACGAAUCAUCUGUUUUUUCCUUUUGCUAAUGAAUGUGUUGAUAAUAUCUGCAAUGAUGUUAUGCGAUGGUCUUGAAAUAAAUCGAGACAAUAUUAUGAAUUUACAUAAUACUACUAUAAGUAUUAAGUUAGUUAUAAAUUAUAAUAUUAGUACAUAUUUAUUUAUUUGUAUAUACACUAUAUAGGCAGCUUUUUUUUGAAUUUUUAUUAGCAUUUUUAUACUGUAUUAAGUUUUCGUUAUGAAACCAAUUGAGCAGUAUGGAAUAAUAAUAAUUAUUAUUGUAGCAUGCUAAUGUCAUUGUGAUAUUUUGUUAUGUGUUAAACUUUAAGUUUGUAAGGUAAUUUGUGUUACUGCAAUAUUUUCAUGUAUAAUAAUAAGAAAAAGAAAUACUUCUAAAUUUCAAGACUGCAAUAUCAGCUCAAUAUUCUUAGAAACUGUAUAAGCAAAUUUUUAUGUCGACUGCUAACGCUGAAAUCCCCCAGUUUAGAAGUUGAAGAUAACCGUGCUUUCUUGUAUGAAGCGAAAUAUGCUAGUGAUUACAGAUAUUGACUGAAAUUAUCAGACAAAAGGUGAACAAGCUUUUCUGAGCAAUUUAAUGACAAUCUCCUGUAUUGACUAAACAUUACAAGCAUGGACAGAUUUCAGCGACCAACAUAUUGCAACUUUUGAAUGGGAUUAAAUGCAAUACUUUAUAUUUUUUAGCAUAUCAUAGCAUAUCAAUAGAAUUAAAUGACAAUAAAUACAUAAUUAAGAUAUUAACGAGAAUUUUUUUCAUACUUAGGUUGGGUUAGUACAAAACACUUUGUGUUCACUGAAAAUUGUUUUCUAAUAUUAUGCUUCUAGUUAUAAGAAUUUUUUUUACCAAAGGAUCGCCUAAAAUUCUAUUUUAAUACUAAUGCAGUUGUACAUGAAUAUGAAGUCAAUAUACACUAUACCCUAAAACAU